AUGAAGUUCGUGUUAAUUAGUGCAACACAUGGGCGAAUGACUACACCGCAGGUGCUCGGUGAUUUGCAAGCAAACCUAUUCGGUGGGGGACUCUGUGAAGACCAGGCAAGUGAGGCAAUUCGCCUCACCUUCCAUGACGGCAUUGGUCGUUCAGCGGCUCUCCAGGCUGCCGGCAUGUUUGGAGGGGGAGGGGCAGAUGGCAGUAUUAUUCAAUUUGCCAGUGUUGAAUUAGCCGAUCCUGCCAAUGCUGGUCUGGAAGACACGGUGUACGCGUUAAAGCACUUCGCUGACGCCCACAAUGUGAGCUAUGGCGAUAUGAUCCAAUUUGCCGGGGCUGUCGCGCUCUCCAACUGUCCUGGUAGCCCGCGGCUUCCCUUUUAUACCAGGCGUCCCCCAGCGGUUGCCCCUGCGCCUCCGAAUUUGAUUCCAGCGCCGACGGAUCCUGUGGAGAGGGUUCUGGCUCGGAUGGAGGAUGCCGGCUUUACCGCAGAGGACACGGUCGCACUUCUGGCUGCUCAUUCGGUAGGCACGCAGAAGACGAUCGAUCCUACCAUUUCGAAUACACCCUUUGACACCACGCCCAGAGUCUUCGACUCACAAUACUAUCUAGAGAUACUUCUAAGAGGAACUGGAUACCCGGGUAGAGGACGAAGCCCAGCCGAGGUGAAGUCGCCUCUUAAAAGCGAAUUCCGACUCACUUCGGACGCUGCGAUAGCGCGACAUCCGAAGACUGCAUGCGCGUGGCAGUCUCUCAUUGGUGACCAGGACCGGAUGCGCGCGUCGUUCAGUGACGCGAUGAUGAAGCUCGCCAAUCAAGGCUACCGGAAUCUGGUUGACUGCUCGCCAGUCAUCCCGUCUUCGCGGGUGUGGGACCGUGCGCCAGCCUAUCCUUUAGGCAAGGGUGUGGCCGAUAUCGAGCAGUCGAUCGGUAUCUUAUCAACGUGA